AUGGAUCAAGCAAAGCUCCAACGUCUCCAAAAUGCCGUGCGCAUCGCGGAAAGNGGUACUCCCAGAAGAAAGGUCAAGAAGGUCAACAGAUCCGGUGGUGGUGACGACAAGAAGCUCCAGGCCGCUCUCAAGAAGAUGAACGUCCAGCCCAUUCCUGCCAUUGAGGAGGUCAACAUGUUCAAGUCGGACGGUAACGUCAUCCACUUCGCUGCCCCCAAGGGUGAGUUGCUGCACCCGUCCGCCUCUAGAAGCCUGUCCCAAAUGCUGACACGUGCCCACCAUNNAGUCCACGCUGCCAUCCCCUCCAACACCUUCGCCAUCUACGGCAACGGCGAGGACAAGGAGCUGACCGAGCUCGUCCCCGGCAUUCUUAACCAGCUUGGCCCCGACUCGCUCGCUUCCCUCCGCAAGCUCGCCGAGAGCUACCAGAGCAUGCAGAAGGGUGUCGAGGGUGAGGACAAGAAGGAGGACGAUGAUGACAUCCCCGACCUCGUCGAGGGUGAGAACUUCGAGGGUAAGGCCGACGUCGAGUAA